AUGUUAUUAAAAAUUUUAUCAUUAAUUUUAUUAUUUAAUUUAAUAACUGGACAACAAACAAAUACAACAUUGGCUGCAAAUCUUCUAAAUACAACAAAAGUAAUGAAAAGUUUUAAUAUACCAUCAUAUUCUGAAAGAACACCAUUUCCAUUUAAUGGAUCUAUAAAUGUUAAUGUUGGUUUUCUUAUAUCUAAAGGUGAUGCUGAUUAUGAAGAUACAGUUGGUUAUUAUAAAACAGCUUCAGCUAUAAUGAUAGGAUUAGAAGAAUUGAUUCAUGCUGGUUUUAUUGAUACAACAAAAGUUCAAUUUAAAUUUUAUUUUCGUUUUUCUAAUUGUUCUGUUUUACAAGGUACAAAAACAACAAUAGAAUUAUUACAAAAUGAUAAUGUUGAUGUUUUUUUUGCCGUUGCUUGCCAGGAAUUGUCUGAUUUUAUAUCUGUUAUUUCUACAUCUUAUGGUACACCACUUUAUCUUUGGGGUCCACCUAUAAGUACAUAUAUUGUUAAUUCAAAUGAAAAAAGAAGUGUUAUUAGUACAUCAAUUAGUAUUGAAGAUUAUUCAAAUUCAGUAAAAAGUUUAGUAGAUUAUUUUGAAUGGAAAAAAAUAUCUAUUAUUUAUAUGACUACAACUCUUCAUUCUGUAUGUGGUAAUAUGCAAACUAAUUUAAUUAAUACUGUUUUAACUACUACAAAAACUGUUGUUGUUUAUUCAGGUUCAGUUAAUUCAUCUGGAGAUUCUAUGGUUGAAAAUUUAUUAGCUAUAUCAAAUGUUUCUAGAAUUGUUAUUGUAUGUAUACCUUCAAAUGAUUUAAAAAGAAAAUUUAUGUUAACAGCAUAUGAUAUGGGUAUGACAAAUGAUGAAUAUGUUUAUUUAAUAAUUGAUGUUAAUGAUACUGUUAUUGAAAAUAGUGAUGAUUCAAUUCCUGUAUGGAAAGAUUCAAGUAAUUUACAAGAUGACAGAGAUGAAGAUGCUCUAGAAGCAUUUAAAUUUGCCUUACUAAUUGAUAAGACAGCUGAAAAUAAUGUUGAUAUGAAAAGAUUUGCAAGAAAUAUUUCUAAAGGAAUGUUAGAUUAUCCUUUUUAUUGUAAUGAAACUGAAUGUUUAAAAAAUUCUAAAGAUCCUAAUUUUCAUUAUUCUACCUAUGCACCAUAUCUAGCUGAUACAAUGAUUUUAUUUGGUUUAGCUUUAAAUCGAACUUUAUCAACAACUCCACUUCUUUAUACUGAUAAAGAUAUUUUAAAAAAUAAUUCUGCAUACUCUUUUGAAGGUUUUUCUGGAAAUGUAGUAUUAGAUAAUAAUACUGUUAGAUAUGGAUAUUUUUUUGUUAGAUAUAUUGGAAAUGAUUCAAAAAUUUAUACAAAUAUGAUAAUAACUAGAAAUAAAAAUCAAACUUAUUAUGUACAUUCAUAUGGAACAUCAAAUGAAAAUAAAAUGUGGUGGAAUAGAAAAGAUUUCUCUAGACCUUUAGAUACACCUUUAUGUAGUUUUGCAGGAAAUAAAUGUCCAAAAACAUUUUGGGAAGAAUAUUUUAUAAUAAUAAUAAUUGUUAUAAUAACAUUUAUAGGUAUACUUAUUUUUUCAAUAAUAGUUAUUAUUUUACUUCGAAGAUAUCGUAUCCGUCAACAACGUCAAUUAGAUAUGUUAUGGUUAAUAAAUUAUGAAGAUUUAAAAUCUAUAAAAAGUAAUGAAAGGAUGUAUGGAAAAAGUGUUAUUUCCAUAAAUGAUAGCCAAAAAACAUUAAAUAAAGAUAUUGAAAUUUUAAACAAUAAAGAUAAUGAGUUAAAUUUAAAUGAAAGAGAUAAUAGAAGGCAUAUUGUUUAUAGAUAUAAUGAUGAGACAGUUGUUGGUGAAAAAUUUCCAAAAUCAAUUACAAUCACAUCAGCAGAAAGGAAUCAUUUACGAAUGUUAAGAAAUAUUGAUCAUGAAUGUUUAAAUAAAUUUGUGGGACUCACUGAAUCACCAACUCAUGUUAUUGGUGUAUGGAAAUUUUGUGUAAGAGGUAAUUUAAAAGAUUUAUUAAAAAAUAAAGUUAGAGAAAUUGAUCCAUAUUUUGUGGUUGCAUUAAUGAAUGAUAUAUCUUCUGGUAUUCAAUAUAUACAUUCUUCAAAAAUAAAUUGUCAUGGUAGAUUAACAUCAAGUUGUUGUUUACUUGAUAGUAAUUAUCAAAUAAAAUUAUCUGAUUUUGGAUUAUCAUUUUUAAGAAAAUAUAUAAAAAGAAAUUUUGAAGAACAAUUAUAUACUUCUCCUGAAUUGUUAAGAAGUCAAAAUGUAUUAGGUACAAAAGAAGGUGAUAUAUAUUCUUUUGCCAUUAUAUCAAGUGAAUUAUUAAAUAAAUCUUUAGAAUGGCCUGAAGAUGAAAUUAGUCAUACCAAAAAUGAUAUAAUUACAAAAAUAAAAAAUUCACGUAGAGGUACUUUUAGGCCAAUAAUAAGUUAUGAAGUUAAAGAAAGAUGGGUAGGAAAAGUUAUUAAUAUAAUAAAAGAUUGUUGGGAUGAGGAUCCAUUAAAAAGAAAAAAAAUAGAAUUAGUAAGAAAAAUGAUAAAAAGUAGUAUGAAUAAUAAAAAAAUAAGUAUGAUGGAUUAUAUGUUUAAUAAGAUGGAAAAUUAUGCUUCACAUUUAGAAUCUGAGGUAAUGGGAAGAACAAAAGAAUUGAUGGAAGAGAAAAAGAAAAGUGAUAUUCUUUUAUAUAGAAUGAUACCAAAAAGUAUAGCUGAUGAAUUAAAAAGUGGAAGGACUGUUGCACCAGAAUAUUUUGAAUCAGCAACUGUUUUUUUUUCAGAUGUUGUUAGUUUUACUAAUCUUUGUGCUCAAUCUACACCUUUACAAGUUGUUAGUUUUCUAAAUCAACUUUACAGUCAAUUUGAUGAAAUUAUAGAAAGAUUUGAUGCUUAUAAAGUUGAAACUAUUGGUGAUGCUUAUUUAGUUGUUUCUGGAAUACCAAUAAGAAAUGGUAAUAAACAUGGUGAAAUGAUUGCUAAUAUGGCAUUAGAAUUUAUGAAAGCACUUCCUUUAUUUAAAUUGUCAUACUUUCCUGACUAUAGGUUAAAUCUUCGUAUUGGUCUUCAUACUGGACCAGUGGUAGCUGGUGUAGUAGGUCUUCAAAUGCCAAGAUAUUGUUUAUUUGGUGAUACUGUUAAUACAGCUUCAAGAAUGGAAAGUAAUGGAAUGCCAGGGUGUAUUCAUAUAUCAAGUGAAAUGUGUGAACUUUUAACACAAUUUGAUACUUUUGAAAUUGAAAAUAGAGGUGAAGUAAUGAUAAAAGGAAAAGAUAUCAUAAAAUCUUUUCAAAUUCCUUCUUAUCAAAAUUUUACACCAUUUCCAUAUAAUAAUUUAACAAUAAAAGUUGGUGUUCUUAUACCUGAAGAUAAUGAACAAAUAUCAAAUACUAUUGGUUAUCAUAAAACAGCUUCUGGUAUUACAAUUGGAUAUUAUAAUUUAAUUGAUGCUGGUUUUAUUGAUAAAAAUAAAUUAAAUUUUGAUUUUUUUUUUAAUAAAAUUAAUUGUGAAGAAUUAUAUGCUACUAAAAUUGCUAUAGAAAUGUUAACUUCUAAUAAAGUUGAUGUUAUCUUUUGUCCACCAUGUAAAAAAUUAGCUAAUUUUAUUUCAAUUAUUUCUACUGUUUAUAAUCGUCCUGUUUAUUUAUGGGGAACUACCAUUGAUUCAUUUAUUACUACAACUAGUGAAAUUCAAACUGUUAUCAGUACUUCUAUAUCAUCAUUAGAUUAUACAUAUGGAAUAAUAGAAAUUAUACAAUAUUUUCAAUGGAAAUAUGUAGGAUUUAUUUAUAUGGUUACUACUUCUGAUAAUACAUGUUUAGAAAUACAACGUGAUUUUAUAACUACUACAUUAGCAAAUACAAAUAUAACAAUUCAAUAUGUUAUUGAAAUUAAUAGUACUACUUCUAGUAUUAAAAAUAUUUUAAAUGAAAUAAAAAAUUUAGCUAGAAUUAUAAUUGUAUGUAUACCAACUGAUAUAUAUAAAAGAAAAUUUAUGUUAACUGUUUAUGAUGAAGGAACAAAUAAUUCUGUUUCACAAAAUAAUAAUAAUUCUACAGCAUUAUGGGAAUCACAAGAAAUAUUAAAUGAUAAUAGAGAUGAUGAUGCAUUAGAAGCAUUUAAAUAUGUUUUUAUAAUGAAUAAAGAUGGAAAAAAUCCAAAAACUAAUAUAAAUGAUUUUUCAAAUAAAAUAAAAAGAUAUAUGAUUGAGUGGCCAGUUAAUUGUAAUGAUACAAUUUGUUUAAAUAAUAUAAAUAAUUCUAAUUUUGAAGCAUCAUCAUACUCUUAUUAUUUAACUGAUGUUAUGAUGUUAUAUGGUAUAUCUUUAAAUAAAACAUUAUCAACUGAACCUUUAAAAUAUAAUGAUGGUAUGUUAAUAAAAAAUAAUUCAUUACAUGUAAUGGAUGGAUAUAGUGGUACAUUAAGAAUGGAUACUGAUGGAGUAAAAUUAGGGUAUUUUAAUUUAAUUACAUAUAAUAAUAGCCGUGAUACUGUUAAUUUAUUAAAAAUUUAUGAAAAAAAUAAUGAUAAAUAUGUAAUAGAGAUAUUAUUAGAAAAUGAAGAUGAAAUAUGGUUUAAUAGAUUAAAUAAAAUAAAACCAAAUGAUGAACCUCAAUGUGGAUUUAAAAAUAAUAAAUGCCAACUAUCAUUUAUUCAACAAUAUAGUAUUUAUUUAAUUAUAUUAAUUGUAAUUUUUGUUAUAUUAAUAAUUGGAGCAAUAAUUUUAAUUGUUUAUAUAAGAAAUUCUAAAAGAAAACAACAACAAUUACUUAAUAAUAUGUGGUUAAUAAAAUAUGAAGAUUUACAAUUAAUAAAUUUAAAAAAAAUACGUUCUGGUAGAACAUUAUCUAGUACAAAAAGUAUUGAAAAAUCAUUAGAUAAUUUUAAAUUACAAAAUACAAAUGAGACAAUUAAUAUAAAUAAUGAUGAUCCAUUAGAAAAUGAAAAUAAAAGAUUUAUUGGUUAUAUAUAUAAAGAAGAAUUUGUUGUGGGAGAAAAAUUUCGUAAAUUUUUAGAUAUCAAUGAUAAAAUAUGUGCUCAUUUAAGAUUUUUAAGAGAAAUUGAUCAUGAAAAUCUUAAUAAAUUUAUUGGUUUAACAGAACAUAGAAAAUAUAUAAUUUCUAUUUGGGGAUAUUGUACAAGAAGAAGUUUAAAAGAUUGGAUAAUUAAUAAUAAAAAUGAUUUGGAACCAUUUUAUAUAGUUUCAUUGAUGAAUGAUAUAGCUUCUGGAAUAUUAUUUCUUCAUACUUCAUCAAUAGGUUAUCAUGGAAGAUUAACACCAUCUAACUGUUUAUUAGAUAAUCAUUUUCAAGUAAAAAUUACUAAUUUUGGUUUAAAUUUUAUUUCAGAAUUUUAUCAAAGAACAGAAUAUGAACAAUUAUAUACAGCACCAGAAUUAUUAAGAACAUUAAAUUUAAGUGGAAGCAAAGAGGGUGAUGUAUAUUCAUUUGCUAUAAUUUCAAGUGAAUUAUUAAAUAAAGCACCAGCAUGGUUUUAUAAACAUGAAAAAAUGUUAAUUCCAGAAAUAAUAUUGAAAAUAAAAAAUUCAAGAUUAGGUAAUUUUCGACCUAUUAUAGAAGAUAAUUAUGAAGAAGUAUGGGUUAAAGAUGUUAUAAGAUUAAUCAAAGAUUGUUGGGAUGAAGAUCCAUUACGAAGAAGAAAGAUAAAAGUAAUAAAGAAUAUGCUUAAAAGUGCUGUAAAAGUUAAAAACAUUAACUUGAUGGAUUAUAUGUUUCAGAAAGCUGAACAUUAUGCACAAGAGUUGGAAGAAGAUGUCAAAACAAGAACAAGAGAACUAUAUGAAGAAAAAAAGAAAUGUGAUAAAUUAUUAUAUAGAAUGAUGCCUAUAAGUGUUGUUGAAAAGUUAAAAGCUGGUGAAGCUGUUGCACCAGAAUAUUUUGAAUCAGCAACUGUCUUUUUUUCAGAUGUUGUUAGUUUUACCAAUCUUUGUGCUCAAUGUACACCACUACAAGUUGUCAGUCUUUUAAAUCAACUUUACAGUCGAUUUGAUGAAAUCAUAGAACAAUUUGAUGCUUAUAAAGUUGAAACUAUUGGUGAUGCUUAUUUAGUUGUUUCUGGAAUACCAAUAAGAAAUGGUAAUAAACAUGGUGAAAUGAUUGCUAAUAUGGCAUUAGAAUUUAUAUAUGCAUUACCAUCAUUUAAACUAUCGUUUUUACCAGAUUAUAGGUUGAAUCUUCGUAUUGGUCUUCAUACUGGACCUGUAGUAGCUGGUGUAGUAGGUCUUCAAAUGCCAAGAUAUUGUUUGUUUGGUGAUACUGUUAAUACAGCUUCAAGAAUGGAAAGUAAUGGAAUGCCAGGGUGUAUUCAUAUAUCAGAAAGUACCCAAAAACUUUUAUCUUCUAGUGAUAUUUUUAAGAUCAAUCAAAGAGGAGAUGUUUUAAUAAAAGGAAAAGGAAAUAUGUUUACAUAUUGGCUUAUUGGUAGGGAAAAUGAACCUGAAAAAUGGCUAAAGGAACCUAAUUAA